AUGGGCGAGCUGGGUUCGGAUGAUGGGGCCGGGAAUACGUACAGCUUGCGACCCAGCCUCCAGCGCCGAUUUAAAUCAUCCACAGUAAAAGAAUGCAUCCAUGCAAUACUGAAGGAAAAGCUGGCCAAUGUACAGUACAUACCAGAAGACAUGUCUCAGCUUACAAUGUCAUUAUCGGAGACAAUAAAAGACAGACUGAAAGAGGAGGGAUUUGACAGGUACAAAAUGGUCGUGCAGGUUGUUAUUGGAGAGCAGAGAGGAGAAGGAGUGAAUGUGGCUGCACGAUGUUUCUGGGAUGCUGACACUGACAGCUAUGCUCAUGACGUGUUCAUGAAUGACAGCCUGUUUUGUGUGGUAGCUGCCUUUGGCUGCUACUACUACUGAAGAUGGUAAAUGCUGAA